CGAAAAUUAGCUAAUUUCAAACACUGAAGCUGCUACUUCCCUUUGCAGUCCGAAUUUGGCUGACAGGAAUUCCAUGACCAUGACGUCACAAUCGAGGCCAAGGAAGCGUCCUCCUCGGAAGGGUAUUCUCCUAUCUCGCAGCAGGACUGCCCUAGCAGCUGGGACAAGUCUCGUCGUAGUCGCCGCUUUGCAGAAUAGUGACCGACGCCAGAAUCACAACAGGUUAAUCCGAGAAGAGCGGACUAGGCAGGUUGAUGCACAUGGCGACCUCCAUGAAGAUGCAGAGGAGAUGUUGAGAAGCAUCCCGAAAAAAAGAGCAGGUGAAAAUCAAGACGAUCUAGAUGAGCAUCUUCGUGUUCACGAUCAUCAUUCACGCGAUUCGAGUCUAGUUUCUUCAUCAGUUGUAUCAUCUUCCCCAUCUUCUACUACAAGAGGAACACAAGAGGAGGGUGAUACACGACAAUUACACCAGGUCGUCGUGGAAGAAAAUCAGAAAGAAAUUCUCCAUCAAGUAGAGGCUCAACAUGCCCAAGUGGUAUCUUCGAGGAAUUCAUCAUCUACAUCUUCCUCAACAUCUCAUCUACAUAUUCCUCAAACAUCACAAGGAUCACAAGCACAACUAGAAAAGAAGAGCAAGAGCGACGACAAAAUGAAGAACCAGUUCGGACUGCUGAGUAAUCACUUGGUCCCACAUUGUGGCGACGUCGAUAACAAUAGAUGGAAUUAAGGCCUCCACUAUUGUUGUGAACAAGUAGAAAGGAACUCCCCCAGGCAUUUUAUUUUACAACAAGGAAGUAUUUUGUACUCGAGGAAGAAUUUUACAACGAGGAAGUUUAUUGAUAAAGACAGAUCUGUGUGUUCGUUGGUUCCAUCAUCAAAUGAAGAAGAUAGGUCGGUUAUCCUUGGCACCUGCUCUCCUUCUAAUUCGAUGAGGACGGAGAAGAGAAUAACAAUAAGUGGCCGCCAAGACCCGUAACCGAUCCUACUUCUUCGGGGAGCGGCGCAACGAUGGGACCGGUGGACCCAGGUGCUGGAGAAAUUGGAUUAUGAGAAUAUUGCAUCGACCUGUUGUUCUAGAUCUGGUCUUCUUCUAUCGCUCCUCUUAAAACGUGAGUUGAGGGUGUUCACUUGCGAGCCUCAUGACAAGUCGCCGGCCAUAUCAUUAGACCGGAGGAACAAGCUCGAAGCCCUCAGCCACAAAACAGCGACAGAGAGAGAGAGAAAGAGAAACCUCCCCGAUCUGGGGAGGGCGGUCCACUGGCCCGGACCUGCCGGCACUAGUGCGGAGGGCUCCCCUCCAGGCCACAAAGCCGGCCCCUGGCCCUGAGGCCUUGGGUGCGAGUUUGCCCAGGUGGCGCCCCCUGUGGAUCAUGCGACCUCGAGCGGCCCUUCUUGAGAUUGCAGCACCCGAGCCGGCUGAACAGGCUCCCUCUUCAAACAUGAGCUCCCUCUUUAUCGCUCCUCUUAAGACAUGAGCUGAGGGUGUUCACUUGCGAGCCUCAUUAUAGUAGAUUGGGCAUAUUAGCAGGCUCGUCUAUCACUUCGUGGCGUGACAGUGACUCUAAGCAAACCCUACGAUCCUACGUGGCUGGAUCAUGCGCUGAGAGAAUGCGACGACAGAAGCAAGUGCUGUUAUGCUUUAGAUUUUCCUAGAAAAUUUAGAAAAAAUGAUUUGAUGAGAACAUGAUCCUCAUACACCAUUCACUUCUAUGCAAUAAUGUCUCUUAAGUAGCUGGUUAUGUUAGAAGUUGUUCAUGGGUUCGGCGUCUCAUCUCAUUUCAGUACUUGUAGCUUGUGCCGGCGUCUUACCCCCGGUUUCUCGCUCAAUAUAUGAUUAGAUGUUCCGGGCGUGUAGUAGAUAGAGGUACAACAACAAUGAAAUAUGAACUGCGACAGGAACACAAACAUGAAAUCAAGUCCUACAUCAAGUACUACAGCUGGUGGUGCACAUCAUAUCCCUGCUGGUGUUGCGUCAACGUCACUACGAACUUGAUUCUUUGCUUCUCAUCCUUCUUCUCUUUCAUUGUUUUUUCGUGGAUAUGUACGGGACGAAAGCCACAAGCGCAAUCGAGGAAAAGUCAAUGUACGUUACGGAGCGACAAUAUAAACUCGCAUUUCACAACUUCAACCACUGGUAGUGAUGAACUCUUCCUUGUUCUGGUGGGAUAUGAAAAUUCUUCGAGGACCUACUAGCUAUUAAACAGCUAACUAGUUAGCGUGAGGCGGAUACCAUCAUGAUGUUGUAAUGGGAUUAUAUCUACUUAGUUACUAGAAUUAUCAAGCUUCUCUUUAAGGUCAAAUAUAUAUCUGUUAGAGUUAUAAGGACUACAUUGGAGCACUCUUUCAACAUACAUACUAUAACCAGGGAACUAUAUCUAGCCUGCAGGGAUGAUCUACUUAGGGAUGAUCUACUUAGGGAUGAUCUCUUCGUCUAAUGUUGACUUUACUGUCCAGCGCUUUGCUUAUUUUGAUCUUCCAGACGAAGAAGCGGAUCUUAGCGAAUGUAAGCUCAUAGAUUCCGCAAAACCGCAUGGGGAAUCACUCGGUCAACCAGCGAUGUGGACUGCAUCUUUUUUACGCAGAUAGAAGAUCCUUGGAGUUGAUUUUUCAUUAUUCUAAGAAGUCAUCAAAAGCCAGCAACGGUUGUAGUUGCUUCAUGGUUCCAGUGAAUCAAGAAUGGGUACUACUCACGUUGAACAACGAGUAGAUUUGCAGAGAAACCACCUUUAAUUCCUGUGAAGAUGAAGGCAGAGUGUACAGAUUGGAUUUUUGGGGAUGGCGCAACGGUCACGAACAAACUAGAAAUCAGCAAAGACGCUUCCAGCAGUUCUUCAUCCAGUAUUAAGGCUCGAUACAAUUCAUUUCCCAGGGCCUUUUUCUUCUGUUUGCUCCGUGGGGUUCUGAAGAAAUAAAGGGAAGAAGUGACUUGCUUCGAGCUCUAAUGAUAGUCUUUUUUUUCUUCAAGAUCAACAUAGGAAGACCUCCAAGACGUUGGGGAAACAGGAGAACAACCUCGUAGUAGAAGAAAGUAGUACUCAACAAGGAAACAAGAUACUCCAAGAAGAACAUCUGCCAGAAGAUUCAAAUCGGGUGGCAGAGCACAGUCAACAGAGACAAGCGAAGAACAAGGGAGAAAAGGUAGAGGUACUACAACAACAGGAAGAACAAGAACAUGUCGUAGAAAAGGACAACAAUAACGGGCGGAACGACGACGAAAAAGAGGGUAAAUGGCCAGUACUAUCACUUAAAAAGGAGGACUUGUGGCUUUAUAAAACCACGAAGUGCUUCAAGCCGGCAACCAAUUGGGAAGAAGACUUAUGUUCAUUCAAAGGGGUAGUACUAGAAGUAGAGAUGAUUGUAUGAAGAUUGUGUAUGAUCAUGCCACUUCUGAUUGAGAAUGUUCCACCUAAGUAAGAUUGCAAAGGUGGACCGCCAAACGCCAUUGCCCCAUCGACAUUCUCCAUAAGUGGAAGCGACAGCCUAACGAGCGAGUGCCAUCUUAGCCUCUGUAAUGAUCUUCGUAACAAGAUACUUAGCCUCUUAUUAAGGGUUUCCGAACUGCCUUCCUCACUGCUAAUCCCUCCUCUCCUCCUGAGAGAUGCUGACGCAGCAGAAGGAGACAAGUUGGUUGAAAUUUAAGAUGUGUGAUUCCUUAGUAGGUGAAUUCUCAUCAUCGCCCCCAUAAUUGCAGGAGGCUGAUUGCAGCUUCCUCACACUUUUCCAGAUGAUCUUCAUUGCUAGGACCUUAUGAUCUCCUUCAGAGAAGUAACUUUCUUUCAAUUCAAAGCGGGACCUUAAUAACCAUGAGGAAACUAGUAACCUAAACCCUUACUUUUCAAAGUAAUCUAAAGAAGUAACUUUCUUUCAAUUCAGAGAGGAAACUAGUAACCUAAACCCGAAGCAGGCCACUAAGCAACUUCGAGGACGAGGUGCUUUCACCUUACAACCGCGCGACGGACCCCGAAGCGUAAUCCCCUUACAACCUCGCGCUCUAACUCACGUCCAAAUGCGUAGAUCAUUGUAAGGGUGCGCUGUACAUGGAACAAUCGCGCGAGUUCGAGAACAAAACAACUACUACAGAGGCUCCUUCAUCUUAAGACUCACAUUGCCCCUGUCCCUCGAUAAUAUUGAUAGCUACGUGAAUCAGUCUCAAAUAUCAACUGUUGAUCUUUCAUGAGGGAACAAGCGGGGAGCAACUUUUGAUUACUAUUCAUGAAGGAAAAGGACUUUUAAAGGAGUGCUUUCGUUCAUGUUCAUCCUCCACCUUUCUCCAGAUUCACCUUCUAGAAACACGAACCUCUAAUGAUCGGAUGGAUCAUCCUCAGUCUUUCUAGAAACGAACAAGACACAUCGCACUGACGCAGCGGACCAUAAAGAUGCUCAGACUCGUUACUACUGCCACUGCUGGUUCACGGACUCGAGUUGGAAAGGCAGGGAAAGCACACUGGCUAGGAACGGUUUUGAAAGAAGAGACUCAUAGCUUUUGAUAGAUGUCCACGGUUUUGAAAGACGAUUCGCUACUUCAAGAAUGAGAGUCGCUACUUACCUGCUUCCUGUUUCUUGAAGAGUGAGAGUCGCUGCUUGAAGAAAUUGAAAUUGAAUCUCAAUUUAUUUGAUGAAGUAGUCAAUCUAGAUGCUCUUCUUCUAGUUGUAGAAGAACUAGACUAGUUGCGUACUUCAAUUGUUACCAAUUAAAGAUAGAAGACGUAGUUAUUCCCCUUCAUGUACUCGAAGAAAGUAAGAGCUUUUAAUAUGUCGUCAUCGAGUAGGUGCCGGCGGAGCUCGAUGUGAAGGAUCCAUCACCCAACCUGAAGACCUCUUCUAAGAUGGCAGAAGUAGAAGAUUGUGAAACAGUGAAAGCCAUGCACACGAAGGUCUUGGAUAUGGAGUUGGGUACUGCCAGAUAUGCAUUCCCAUGGAGCUACAUCUUCGUUUUAUGACAUUACUUAGAAAGAUGUAGAUAAAGUGCAUGAGCAUGUCGUGACAAAGUUACUUGAAAAAAUGUCUAGGAGUCAGUGUCUACUGUUACUGAUGUGUGAUUAUUUUUUGCCUUAAUACAACGACAGGUGGAUUUGUAGUAGAGUAGUGAAUUCCCAAUCCAUACACUUUUGCCUUGUAGUUAAGUAUAUUGUUCCCUUUUUGCCUUGAAAUGAUUUCCGACCAGAUGAAUUCAUUUGCUAUACCUAAACAUGACACAUGAUCUAACUUCCCGUCAAACGACGACAAGUACUACGACACCAGCACCAGCAGAGAAAGCGGCUGAUGAUGAGAAAGCAGGAAUGGACUUCGUUUACGUGGGCAAGAUGAUGAUGUUAGGGCUAGGGAUAAUGGCGUGUCUCUUUGCGGGAUUCUUUGUCUUCACCUUUUGAAGAUGAUGAUCUUCGAGGUGCUGGUCGACUAAAUUUUUGACUACGAUGUAGUUCGCUAUCGCUGCAGUAGAUCAUGACGUGGGAGAAGUUUUGUUGGAGAACCUAUUAAUCAGAGCAGGGACAAAAAUAUUUGAAAGUACACCAGGCACAUCAGGCAAUGAAAGCUGAUUCUACAGCAGACGCUAGCACACAUAAAGAUCCUAUUUCAGAGAGUUCGUCGAGUUUUCAAGUUUCCUUAGCACUAGCAGGAGCACACUAAAAGAAGUUUAUUUUGCACAGUGAUCACAGACUAGAAUCUACAGAAUGAUAAAUCACAGAAUGAACCGCAAGCGGCAAAGGAUGAAGAUCUUCUCUAAAGAAGCAUACUAGAGAAAAAGACAAGCAUGCGAAGAGGAUGAGCAUCUUCCAGGCAUGCGAGG